AUGAAGCUCUGGGAGACGGUUGUUUGUGCUCUCCUCUCCACCUUCAUUGCCCUCAUCUUUGGUGGACUCUACAGAAUCGGAGUGUUUCGCCGGAAAAGACCGAAGGAACCACCCUUGGACAAAGGUUUGAUUCCAUGGUUAGGUCAUGGGUUGAGUUUUGGCAAAGAACCCGCCCUGCUUUUGGAACGGAUGAAGAAGAAACAUGGAGACAUCUUCACCAUGUUGGUUGCAGGCCGAUAUAUCCAUGUUUUGAUGGAUCCUCACAUGUAUGGAUUUAUCUUCAAGAAAUCGAGAAGCAAGCUGGAUUUUGGGGUCUUCGCGGCCAACGUGGUCUCGAACGUGUUUAAUUUCCACCCGACCACCACUCAUCAUAAGAUUGGGGAAGAGGGCAGCAAGAAGUAUCUUCGAGGGAAGAAUCUACUUGCGCUCAACCAAGCUUUGAUGCAGAAUCUGAAGGAAAUCUUGCUUGAAUCGGCUGAGGAGGAGAAGUGGCGUCAGGAGGGACUCUGGCACUUCAGCUACAAAAGCAUCUUCCAAGCUGCCUUCCUGUGCUUGUUUGGUGCUAUGCCGGAGUUAGAGGACAACAGCAAUGACAAGGAAAGGAGGUGUAAGCCCUACGAGAAGCUAUUUGAGGACUUCCAGCAAUUUGACGAAUUCUUUCCGCAAAUGAUCUUCAGCAGCAUGGAUUCCAAAACUAAGAAGGAGAUCCAGAGGCUGAAGAACUACUUCUGGGAUCUCCUGUCUGUCGAAAAGAUAGACAAGAGGGAAGACGUUAGCAUCUGGCUGGCAGAUCAGGAUCAACAACUGGCUGACUGUGGAAUGAAUGAGAAGAUGAGGACUCAAGUGCAGCUCCUUUUCCUAUGGGCUUCUCAAGCUAACACGGGUCCAGUGACCUUCUGGCUGCUUGCCUAUCUUUUGAAACACCCGGAAGCCAUGAAGGCAAUAAGGGCAGAGAUAGACCAAGUCCUAAAGGAGACAGGCCAAGAGGAUAACCCAGUGGACCUCUCGUUGCAGGCCUUCAAGACUCCCUUGCUGGACAGUGCGGUGGAAGAAGUUCUCCGCCUGAAAGCAGGCUCUUUCAUAUUUAGGAGCGUGAUGGAGGAUUUCAACCUCCAGAUAGACGACGGAAAAGAAUAUGCCCUUCGGAAAGGUGACCAUCUUCUUCUCUUCCCUUUCAUGGGCCUCCACAUGGAUCCGGAAAUCUACCCUGAGCCUAAAACCUUCAAGUACGACCGCUUCAUGAGCCCCGAGGGCAAGAAAAAAGAAUUCUUCAAAAAUGGCAAAAAGUUGAGAACUUGUGUCAUGCCUUUCGGAGGUGGAUCUUCGAUGUGUCCCGGACGCUUUUUUGCAGUCAGCGAAAUGAAAAUAUUGACCAUCCUGAUGCUCACCUUCUUCGACAUGGAGCUGGUCAACCCAGAAGAGGAACUGCCUUCCUCGAUUGAACACCGCAUCGUGAUUGCGACGGCGCACCCGACACGCGACAUCGAUUUCAAAUUCCGGCGGCGACUCCAAAGUAGCAAAUUCGGGGUGCAAACCUAG